AUGGACUCUCCGGCCCAAAAACGAAAACAUGCCGACGUGAGCUCCGACGACGAAUCCGACUCCCCUCCUCGCGCAUCCUUUCGUUCUUUCAACCGUGCCGCAUCGCGUUCUGAAUCGCCCCCGGCGGGCGGUUUCGGUCUAGGGAUGGGUCGUGGUCGUGGUCGAGGCUUAGGAAUGAGUCAAAAUACCUGGGGUCAAAAUGCGACAAAGUCGGCCGCCAGUAACGGUCCCGCGGCGAACUCCUUCGGUGCCCGCAUGCUGGCGAAGAUGGGUCACGUUAAAGGCCAGGGUCUUGGAUCGGGCGGGCAAGGUAUCGUGAACCCCAUCGAAGCCCAGGCGCGGCCCCAGGGUAUUGGUCUGGGUGCAGUCCGUGAGAAGAGCAAAACGGCUCGUACCGAAGAAAAACGUGCCGCCACCUUACGAGGCGAAUCUCUCGAGGAAAGCUCAGAUGAAGAAUUCAAGAGAAAGAAGAAGAGGCAGCAGAAGAAUGACAGAAGUGGCACAGAAAGUGCAGGUCGUUCUGCAGCGAAGAAGAAACCCCAGUUCCGCACUGCUCGCGAAAUCGAAGCGGAUAUGGCAGGCCUGGAGGUGCCUAAUGUGCUGAAAUCCCUGAUCGAUGCAACGGGCAAGGAACAGAAAGUCCUGACCUCUACGGCCGGGUUGAUGGCGCCUCUAGAGUUUGUUAACACCGAGCAAAGCGAGGCUUACAAGAUCGAACGUCGAGCUCGCCAGGAUCUUGAAGCCUUUGCUGAUGAAUGGAAGGGCUUGACUGAGAGGAAGCAAUACAUCGAACAGGACGAAGCCCAGAUUGUGGACCAGCUCGACACGAAUCAGCGCCAGAUAGACCAGUUGACAGCUUUAGUCGCUGCAUUUGGAGCUCUCGAUUCUAUACCCGAGGAGAGCAACGACAGCUCGCAGGCGAAACUCGACCAUGUGACUGACCAACUAGAGUCGCUGGAGAUUCAAUAUCGGGCGGAGAUUGACGAAUAUCGGCUUUGGGAGACUGCGGUUGCUGCCAUCCAUCCUAUUUUCCGAGAGGCCAUGGAAGAAUGGGAGCCUCUCAAGUCUCCAACUUUCCUCGUGUCCAAUUUACGCCGACUUCAACCCCUUCUGUCCCGCAAGUCCAAUGGUGGGCAAUCUACACUACGCCAAUCAACAUCACCCUACGAGACUAUGAUAUAUACUCUGUGGCUCCCUCGCGUUCGGUCCGCUCUCCUCAACGACUGGGAUGUUUUUAACCCUUCACCCGCUACCACACUCGUCGUCUCAUGGAAAGAACUCCUUCCCUCUUUUGUCUAUGCCAACGUCCUCGACCAGCUCGUGGUCCCUAAGCUCACAAGUGGCCUCAAAUCUUGGCGACCCAAACGGUCGACAUCCUCCUCUUCCUCUCAAUCUCAACAAAACUCUAAAGUGCCCUGGUGGCUCUUUACAUGGCUUCAAUAUCUUGACGAACGACACACCAACCCGAAACAGGCCACAGGCCUCCUCUCCGAUGCCAAGCGCAAAUUCCGUACUGUUCUAGACACUUGGGAUAUCAGUGCUGGCCCAAUUCGGGGUUUCGACUUGUGGCGCGAUGCCCUGUCCUCCGAGUUCGACACCUGCCUGCGUAACCACCUUCUUCCCCGCCUCGCCGCUCAUCUCCGUAAUGACUUUGACGUCAAUCCCCAGGACCAAGACCUCACGCCAUUUGAAAAUAUCCUCAAAUGGAAGGACUGGUUCCAACCAAACGUUCUCGGCCUCCUUUUUGUCGCCGAGUUCUUCCCUAAAUUUCACCAAAUCCUCUACAUCUGGCUCACCAACGACCCUAACUAUGAAGAGGUCGCGGAGUGGUUCACAUGGUGGCGGUCUCAAUUCCCUCCAGAACUCAACGAUCUUGCAAUCAUUGACGAAGAAUGGAACAACGCUCUUCGCACGAUGGACCUGGCCGCUCAACUAGGUGACCGUGCCGCAGCAGAAUUGCCCGCUCCGUCAUCAACAUCUGCAAAGCCAACUGAUCAAACGAAACCCACUGCGGCACAGCUACCAUCAAUCACCGCAGAGGAACCUCAAGCGCCCCGCAAACAGAAGAUCGUCGAAGAGGUUGCAUUCAAAGACAUCCUCGAAUCCUGGUGUGCAGACGAAGGCCUUAUCAUGUUGCCGCUACGAGAAGCACACCCACGAAAUGGCCAACCUCUAUUCCGGAUCACGGCCAGUGCAACAGGCAAAGGUGGCGUCGUUGCGUUUAUCCAGGGCGAUGUCGUUUGGGUCCAAAAUAAGAAGGCGAAGGAGGUCUGGGAACCGAUGGGACUGGAGGAACGGCUCGUGGAGCAAGCGGAGAGUCGAUAA